GUUCUCGGUUCAGCCACCACGAGCGCACAUGCCUCCCACGCUAGAGCCCUCUGCCAAAACACUCCCGCUACUAUUUUAUAUCCCUCGAGCUCCCCCCUCUGCACAUCUUCACCCAGUACAACUUCGGUGACAACCCUCUUCACUCUCCAACAUCACCUCACUACCUUCAACCACUACUCAGCAACAUCGUCACCAUGAACCAACCUACCCAAGUUGAGGCACCCAAGCUGUCCUCCCCCAACCCUUCUGCCCAGACCUCGCCGUACCAACCCAAGCCCCACAACCCCUACCAGAGGAUGUCUCAACGACGAGCAAUUGCCUGCACGAUCUGCGCAAAGGCAAAGACCAAGUGUGACAAGGCAGUUCCAUCUUGCUCCCGCUGCACUGCAAAGGGACUCCAGUGCGAGCCUCGAUCAACUCGCCGCACAUCAGACAACAGCUACAGGAAACCCACCAAGCACCUCGUCUCUCCCAAGAGGUUCCCCACUGCCAACUCCAUUCCUACCAUGGGCACUAUGGGCACUUCCCCUCGCAGCAUUCCUUCCUCAGGACGGCCACAGAUCAUGCGAACAGUCUCACACAUGGAUUUCCACACUGCCGCCAAACUCAGCCAGUACCCCGCAAACUUCAACAACUUCAACAUGCUCCAACCUCUGCCUACCUCCUACACACCUCAGAUCAUCGAUGAGUAUUCUUACUCAAGCAGCCCUGAGCCCAACAUGGGAGGUUUCUCUCGCUCCAUGGAGCAGAACAGCUACAUUACCUCCAGCCGCGCUAUGACGCCCUCCACUCCGGAGCCAUUCGCCUUCAACGACCCAAUCAACAUUGCCGAUCCCUUCGACAACUACAUGAACACGCCAAGCUGGUCGGACGAUGGCUCCAUGGCCGUCGGACUGGGCUUCGAGCAUGAUAUGCCUGGCAUGCUCCCCAACGACAUGUGGUCGACUCCGGAGCCAGAGUCCAUCACACCAAUGGGUCUUUGCGACUCUCCAACUGUCAUGAAUACCUGGUCACACCCUGCUCUGUCUGUGUCACCACCUCAGCUGCCUAUGGGCAUGCCCCCACACAGCAAGGGUGUUCCUUCGCUUUCCCUCAGCGAAGCCUCAACCGAGGAGUUCAACUCGCCGAGCCAUAUGCAACAGGAGUGGAGCAACGUUCAACCCCACGCUGGUCAGAUUAUGGGCAAGCCAAUGGUCACCUCAUCCUUCAUGGACAACGUGAAGUCGUACGCAUACCCAAAGGCACCACAACCAAUCUGGGAAGACAUCAUCGUUCCCCGCACCCAAGCCUUCUGAGCUGGACCCGGGAUUUCGGACACGUAAAAAAUGACAUUCUGGUGCCCAAGCCACUAUACCAUCUCACUUUCGGCAUAGCACGCAUUUCUAGCGUCAACCUACUCGGGGACGUCCGCUCAGCCAGUCCGAUUGUCAUGUUUGCUACACUCGCUUUGUUCAAUGGUCUUUCGAUCAAGCAA